UGUCGAAUCAGGCGUUUACUUCAGCGGUGAACAUGGUGGGACGCACCUGGACGCUCCUGUGCACUUUCAGCGAGGGGGGCAGCAGCUGCAACAGAUCCCGCUGGAGAAUACAAUAGCUGAAGGUGUUAUGAUUGACUGUUCGGCAGAAGCAGCAGAAGAUCCCAGUUAUUUAGUCCCACUUCAAAAGCUACUGGAAUGGGAGAAUGCUCACGGGCAGAUCCCCAUGCAAGCUGCAGUCCUUUUUAACUUCGGCUGGUCCGCGAGAUUUGACAGUCCUGCCGCCUAUCUCGGAACUGAGAUUGAUCAUCAUUCUAACUACGUGUUUCCAGCCCUGGGUGCUGAAGCAGGAAUUUGGCUCUACGAAAACCGCGACAUCAAGAUCAUUGGAACGGACACCUUAUCGCCAGAUCCCUUUGCCAUCAAAGGAGUUAGUGUAACCUCCUUUCCAGUUCACCAGAAAUAUCUCCCCAACAACCGCCUGAUCAUUGAGAAUCUCAAGGGCACGGAACAGUUACCACCUAAAGGGUUUCGGUUCCACGCCUCGCCGGUGAAGUAUGUUGGAGGAACGGGGACGCAAGUUCGGGCUUUCGCGAUGACCUAUGACACAAGCAUGAAUUCUGGGACACCAAAAUGUCACAGGGAUCUCAGCUGUUUCAUCUCAAUAUUGUUCCUUUCUAGCGCGUUCAUUGUUCGUGUCGUGUUGUAG